CAACUCUUUUCAGAAACAAAUAUAAAGUGGGAAAAUGAGACUGCGGUCUGGGAAAACGGCUACGACGUGUUCGGAUACGCCGAGAAGCAUCAAGGCGACGCGGAGACGAAGAAGCCUGUUGUCAACCGACAGCCCGCUUCAAACCAAGGUCCUAGAGUCUUCUAAUGAUGAGUCCCCACAUUCAGACGAUGAAGUUCCCAUGAUGACUCGGCGACGACGUCCUCGCAGAGCCAGGAAAAGAGCCAUUGCUGCCAGUGAAGAAGAAACGGAUUUGGCCUUCAAGACUCCUGUUAGGUCCAUCAUGCGGCAGAAUCGAAUACUGGCUGAGAUCAACCAGAUGACUCCAGUGACUUCAACGUCCAGAAACAUCUACUCACCCAUUGUGCGUUUCCUCACGCCAAGCAAAGAGAAUAUGAAGUGCGCACGGAAGAGUAACAUUUUAAUGAGCCCAGAACAAGGUGUGUUUGGUUACGGCUCCAUUGAUCUUCUGGUCGGAGAUGAAGAUGAAGACGGUUUCAAUCCGUUCACCUUCAUCAAGAACAUACCGUCACAGUCGCAACAUUGUCAGACUCAACAUCUAGAUAUUCCGCCUAAAACUCGAAGCACCCCAGAGCCCACCCUGGUGGUUGAUCUGGAGGAGACUCUGAUGUUCAGCUCUCUGAGUGUGAUCGAGGAUGCAGAGUUCACCUUCCACACAGCGUUUCAGGACCAUCAGUACAAGGUUUACAUGAUCCUGCGACCACAUGUGCAGGAGUUUCUUCAGUCCAUGGCAAAGCUUUAUGAGCUGUUUGUCUACACAUGUGCCAAGAAGGAAUACGCCGAGAAGAUACUGGACGUUCUGGACCCACAGAGGAAACUGUUCCGGCACCGUCUGUAUCAGGAGGACUGCGCCUGCGUCCUCGGUCACUACAUCAAAGAUCUCAGCAUCCUGGGCAGGGAUCUCGCCAAGACAGCGGUUCUGGACAACGCGCCACACACAUACCCUUAUCAUCUGAUGAACACGAUUCCCAUCCAGAGCUGGUCUGGUGGAGUCGAGGACAAAGAGCUGCUGAAACUCAUCCCUUACAUGGAGAAACUGUCUGCGGCGGAGGAUUUUCGGGAGGUGCUGAAGAAGAGGAAGGACCAUUUCCACCGGCUGAUGUCUGAGGACUGACAGGACUUGUUCUUCUAACUCUCUCACUGUCGCUGCUCAUCAUUCCCUCCAUUUUUUUGCUUUUUUUUUUUUUUUUUUUUUU